AUGCCAGCCGCGAGAAGAGACGUUCGUGGCACCGUUUGGUUCGGACGAACUAGACCGCCUGUGGUCUCUACGCAACAUGCAGCGACAAUUACUACCUCGGAUCAUGUCCCAAGCAACCAGGCGUUCAGUCGUGCCACUUCCGGGCUGAAUUGUCUACCGCCACAGCAGUUCGCUCCCAACCCGGCUCCCCGCGAGAUCCUAGCACAAAGCCCUUGGGAGGUAUAUGAACCUCGCGCCUGCAUCUACUAUGGGCGAAUCAUGGUGCUGGCUAGGCAUCGAAAGAAUAAGGCCACCUUAGUCCACAUCCAGAUGCAGGCCGUGGAGCGAUCGGCAAUAGAGAUGUGUGUCCAAAUGAUUGAUCUGCUAGCUCAUCGCAGUAUCCCGCGCCUUCUAGAUGUGUUCCAGUAUGCAGAACGAUAUCUUCUUGUGUGGGAGCCCUUCGAGUGCACUCUCCACGAAGUUUUAGCGCUGAGCUGUCGCAUCACCGAAAGUGAAGUGGCCCAGAUCUUGUGGCCUGUAGGUGCCGUUCCCAUCCUACUAGGCACAAGAUCGUUCAUUCAUGGUUCACAGGUGUUCAGGUGCCUUCAAUUCUUACGCGGCCAGUCCAGGGAGCUGGCCAGCCUCACACCUCGAGAUAUCUUGUUCACCGAGGAGGGUGAAAUAAAAAUUGCGGGUAUCGAGAACAGUCGCCAAGUCGACCCUUCCCGGGCCGACGCAAUGACUUCUACAUUCAAUGCUCUACGGUCGAUUCUCGACAAGAUCAUGCAGAAAAAUGGCUCCAAUUUUACUUGGAGCCAGGAGAUCCGAAGCCUUAAAUCGGCGCUGGCCAAAAGCACCUCCGCGCGAUGCUUGGAUAGAUUAGUGCAAGUAAGUUGGCUCAUAUUCCAGCCUCGUCAUGCGAUGUGGCAACUGACUUGAAA